AAAUGGCUCCGGAUUUGCUUCAUGGGACCCUACAUGUGACGGUCUACGAGGUUGAUCAUAUUAGCGGCGGAGGCGAAGGUGAUAGACACUUUUUUCGUAAGAUUAUGGAGCAAGUUGAGGAUACUGUUGGUAUUGGAAAAGGAAGUCCAAAGCUGUAUGCUACUAUAGAUCUGGAAAAAGCUAGGGUUGGGAGAACCAGAACGGUUGAUGAUCCCGGGAACCCCAAGUGGGAAGAAUCUUUUCACAUUUAUUGUGCGCAUUCAGCCAGUAAUGUCAUAUUCACUGUCAAGGACAACAAUCCUAUUGGCGCGACCUUAAUUGGGAGAGCUUAUGUACCUGUUAGUGAGGUUUUGGAUGGGGAUGAAAUAGACAAGUGGGUUGAGAUUCUGGAUAAAGAUAGGAAUCCUGUUGAGGGAGGUUCCAAAAUCCAUGUGAGGCUGCAGUAUUUUGAUGUCUCUCGAGACCGAAAUUGGGGAAAGGGAAUCAAAAGUCCCAAGUAUCCUGGAGUUCCUUACACCUUCUUUGGACAGAGAAAAGGGUGUAAGGUUUCCUUGUACCAAGAUGCACAUAUCCCUGAGAAAUUUAUACCGAAAAUCCCUCUGUCUGGGGGGAAGUUUUAUGAAGGUCACAGGUGUUGGGAAGAUGUGUUUGAUGCAAUUACUAAUGCAAAGCAUUUGAUUUACAUUACAGGAUGGUCAGUGUAUACUGAGAUUACCCUAGUGAGGGACUCAAGGAGGCCAAAGCCAGGGGGAGACACUACGCUUGGGGAGCUGCUUAAGAAGAAGGCAAGUGAGGGUGUGAGAGUUUGUAUACUGGUUUGGGAUGACAGAACCUCUGUAGGCCAAAUGAAGAAGGAUGGUUUGAUGGCUACUCAUGAUGAAGAAACUGAUAAUUUCUUCAAAGAUACUGAUGUGCAUUGUAUCUUAUGCCCCAGGAAUCCUGAUAAUGGUGGAAGCAUCAUUCAGGGGUUACAGAUAUCUACAAUGUUUACUCAUCACCAAAAGAUUGUGGUGGUGGACCAUGAAAUGCCCGAUGGAGGAUCGGAGAAGAGGAGAAUUGUGAGCUUUGUGGGCGGUAUUGAUCUCUGCGAUGGGCGAUAUGACUCGCCUUUCCAUUCUCUUUUCAGGACACUAGACACGGCCCAUCACGACGAUUUCCACCAGCCAAACUACACUGGUGCUGCAAUCACAAAAGGCGGGCCGAGAGAGCCUUGGCACGACAUUCACUCCAAGCUGGAAGGACCUGUGGCCUGGGAUGUUCUGUAUAACUUUGAGCAGAGAUGGAAGAAGCAGGGAGGGAAGGAUGUUAUUAUUGAUCUGAGAGAGCUUGAUCAGAUUAUAAUCCCACCAUCACCAGUGAUGCUCCCAGAUGAUCAGGAGACAUGGAAUGUUCAGUUGUUCAGAUCUAUUGAUGGCGGGGCGGCUUUUGGCUUCCCCGAUUCACCAGAGGAGGCUGCCAAGGCGGGUCUUGUAAGUGGGAAGGAUAACAUUAUUGAUAGAAGCAUCCAAGAUGCUUAUAUCAAUGCCAUUCGCCGAGCAAAGAAUUUUAUAUACAUUGAGAACCAAUAUUUCCUUGGAAGCUGUUUUGGCUGGGCUUCAGAUGACAUCAAUACUGCAGAAAUUGGUGCGUUGCACCUAGUUCCUAAGGAGCUCUCAUUGAAGAUUGCAAGAAAGAUUGAAGCUGGGGAGAGGUUUGCAGUGUACGUUUUGGUUCCAAUGUGGCCAGAAGGGAUCCCAGAGAGCUCAUCAGUUCAAGCAAUAUUAGAUUGGCAAAGGAGGACAAUUCAGAUGAUGUAUAAAGAUGUAAUUGAAGCUAUGAGAGCCAAGGGAAUUGAGGAAGACCCCAGGAAUUAUCUCACAUUCUUCUGCGUUGGUAAUCGGGAGGUGAAGAAGAGUGGCGAGUACGAACCUUCAGAAAGUCCUGAACCUGAUUCAGGCUAUGCCAGCGCUCAGGCGGCUCGACGCUUCAUGAUCUACGUCCAUUCCAAGAUGAUGAUAGUUGAUGAUGAGUACAUCAUAGUUGGAUCUGCGAACAUCAACCAGAGAUCAAUGGACGGGUCAAGAGACUCGGAGAUAGCCAUGGGAUCCUACCAACCUCACCAUUUGACGACCAGCCGGCAAUCCGCGAGGGGACAGGUUCACGGCUUCCGAAUGGCGCUGUGGUACGAGCACCUGGGCAUGCUGGACGACUGUUUCCUCCGCCCAGAAAGCGAGGAAUGUAUCCAGAAGGUGAACAACAUGGCUGACAAGUACUGGGAACUCUACUCCGACGAAAACUUGGAACGAGACCUGCCGGGCCACAUGCUUCGUUACCCCAUCGGAAUCAGCAGUGAUGGCAUUGUAUCAGAGCUACCAGGAUUCGAGUGCUUCCCGGACACCAAGGCUCGUAUUCUUGGAGCUAAAGCUGAUUUCCUUCCUCCCAUCCUCACCACUUAA